CAGGUGCAUUAGUGCGCGCGACUCGACACAUAAUGCAGGUGGGACUUUGGUGCGGAGGUGCGCAUGCGCAGUGAGUGCCAGUCCCUAGUGCUCAGCUGACAGCGGCUAACUUUAGCCACACAGUGCUAGCUAGCAUCAGCGCACUUAAACCCACACAAGUGCUUCAUUUGGCCGCCCAAGUGCUUCAUUUGGCCGCCGGGGCAGCUUCGUGUGUGGCGGCAGGUCCAGCAUGGCGGCUACCUCGGACAGGCUUGGCAGGCCUAGCUAGCUGGCUAACUAGCUGCUUAGCAUCCCGGCUAAGGAGCGGCGACACUUCAGCUCCAAAGUCCAGACAUGGGAAUACUUUUCACCAAACUAUGGCGGCUUUUUAAUCACCAAGAGCACAAAGUCAUCAUAGUGGGUCUGGACAACGCAGGCAAGACCACCAUCCUCUACCAGUUCUCCAUGAACGAGGUGGUGCACACCUCGCCCACCAUCGGCAGCAACGUGGAGGAGAUCGUGGUCAACAACACACACUUCCUGAUGUGGGACAUCGGGGGCCAGGAGUCGCUCAGGUCCUCCUGGAACACCUACUACACCAACACCCAGUUUGUCAUCGUGGUGGUGGACAGCACAGACCGAGAGAGGAUCUCCGUCACCAAAGAGGAGCUCUACAAGAUGCUGGCACAUGAGGACCUGAGGAAGGCGGGGCUUCUGGUCUUCGCCAACAAGCAGGAUGUGAAAGGUCGUAUGUCCGUGGCCGAGAUCUCCCAGAGUCUGCAGCUGACCUCCAUCAAGGACCACCAGUGGCACAUCCAGGCCUGCUGCGCCCUCACCGGAGAAGGCCUGUGCCAAGGUCUGGAGUGGAUGAUGUCACGACUGUGUGUCAGAUGAUGAGCCAGGACGACCCCACCCUGCGCGUGGUUUUGGUCUUGGUCUUGGUCUUGGUCAUGGUGAUGCUCCAUGGACAUGAGGAUGAUGAUGAGAGGAUGAAGAAAAGGAUGUGGCAGAACUGUCCUCUGGCCUCUCUUGGACUAAGAAAGCACAACUGUGAGCUUUUCUUUCCAAACAUUUUGCACGCUGUUCCUUUCAACCACAAGAUGGACGUCCUGGCACCUUCUUCUGGACCCCCGUGGCCUUGCAGUAUUAGCGCCCCGGCUGCAGAUGGUGUAUUUGAUGAAGUAUUGUUUGAAGUUGGGGCCUGCAGUGCCAACAUGACAGCCUCUCCUUCUUCACACCUUGGACAUUAAAUGCUUUUUAUCUCA